AUGAUCCCAUGUCCGCACCUUCAUGUUUCUUCUAUGCACCCUCAUCAUCCUCUUCUCCUCUACAGACGAACAGCAUCCUCUGUGGCGGCGCUCAGGAUGCUAUCUUCUUCCACCGUCUCACCCAACCCUAAUCCCUCAAUUGCCGCCAUUGUUGGCACCUCCAUGACCAAACCCACUUCAGAAAUACCAUCAAAACAUCCUCUUUCUGGAGAUUCUUCGCGAGACCGUUUAAGUUAUCGGGGUCUCGUGCAAGCCAAUAUCUUGGGCACCGCCAGCAAGCCGAUUACGAUCGGCCCAUAUGAACCCGCUGGUGAAAGUGUAGAGCCCUUGUUGGUGGUUGUUUCGUUUUACAAGUUCGCGGAUUUUCCGGACCAUGCUGAGUUGCGGAAGCCAUUGAAGGAGCUCUGUGAACAGCUGCGUGUUUCAGGUGGCAUCAUCCUUGCACCAGAAGGAAUCAAUGGGAGCAUAUGUGGGACCCGUGAUUCGGUAGAAGAAGUACUCUCCUUUAUCCAGUCGGACGACAGGUUAAUGGGCCUCAGGCGCAUAGAGACGCCUUUGAGUCCAGAGGAAGAAGCUAUCCACCUUGGGCAUACGAGCAGCACUCCCCUUGCUGCUGGGGAAGAUGCUCCCUUUCGGUGGGACCAUGUGAGAGUCAAGCUGAAAAAAGAGAUAGUGACUCUUGGGAUGCCGUCUGUGUCGCCAAUUGAAAGAGUUGGGACGUAUGUGAGCCCGAAGGAGUGGAAUGAAUUGAUCAGUGAUCCAGACACUGUGGUGAUCGAUGUUCGCAAUGAUUAUGAGACUAGAAUAGGGAAGUUUAAGCGAGCAGUUGAUCCUUGUACAACUGCUUUUCGUGAUUUCCCAUCAUGGGUAGACGAGAGAUUCAAAUUAAAUGAUUCGGGUGAUGACAAGGUCAAGCUCAUUGGUUCGGCUCAAACCUCAGGACAACAAGUUGAGGAAACGGAAAAGAAGAUGCCCCGGGUCGCAAUGUACUGUACUGGUGGAAUUCGGUGUGAGAAAGCAUCGAGUUUUCUCUUAAGCAAAGGUUUCAAAGAGGUUUAUCAUCUGCAAGGUGGAAUCCUGAAAUAUCUAGAAGAAAUUCCAAAGACAGAGAGCCUUUGGGAGGGAGAGUGCUUUGUGUUUGAUAAACGGGUCUCAGUUGAGCACGGGCUCGUGCAGGGGACUCACAAGCUGUGUUACGGGUGCAAGAAACCCGUGAGUGAUGCUGACAUGGAGUCUCCAGAAUGGGAGUAUGCAGUUUCUUGCCCGUAUUGCUACUCAUCUAAAUCAGAGGAGGAGAAAGAGAGAGCAAGAGCUAGACAAAAGCAGUUUGAGACGUGGGGUAUUAUUGGCGGGCCGGAUAAAGGCCGUAAGCUGAAUAAAACAGGGACAAAAAACGAAAAAAUUGAUAAGCAGAUGUCGGAUUCAAUCUGA